GGCGGAAGUGAAGCGCGGGAGAGUGAGGCGGAUGAGAGAGGCAGGAGAUAGAAGAUUGAGAGAUAUAUUGAGAGAGUUUUUGGAAGAUUUGGAGUUGUAUUAGUAUUCGUAUUUAGAGUUUAUUAGUGAGGAGUAGAGGAUGUUGAGGACGUUGAACGUAAGACAAGCCGUGGACUUGUUCUUCGAACUGGAGGAGCAGCAGGGCGAAAUCUGCAUUUCACCGUCGGAGUGGGAGAGUGAAUUUGACUAUGAAGUUGAGGAUCCGACAAGAGAGAUGAUGAGCAGCCUGGGACAUCUACAGCCCAGCAACAGGCAGAGGCAGGGGGCGUCAGCGUGGGAGGGAGAAUAGAUGCCGAUCUAGAUCUCCAUGUGACCGGUCAUCCCAGCCACACCACAGCCCUGAGGCCUGGAGAACAGAAAGUGAACCUGAUACUGCGCCAGGAGUCAGUAGGUUCAUGCCCCACAGACCACCAGGAGCCCAGGUGGACAUGCACUCGCCAUACACACCGAAAGAGCUGUUUCAGCUGUUCUUCUCCACUGCCACCGUGAGGACACUCUGCAAGAACACCAACAAAUAUGCAGCAAUACAGCAGGAAAUGGGGAAGAAAUACAGCUGGGCUGACGUCGAGGUUGAGGAGCUGUAUAAAUUCUUUGGCCUUCUCAUGUACAUGGCAUUGGUGUCACUGCCAAGUCUCCAGGACUACUGGAAACAAAACCACAUCCUGUCUGUGCCGUUUCCAGCCAUGGUCAUGACAAGAGACCGAUUCAGGUCCCUGAUGUGGAACAUCCACUCCAGCAAUCCAGAGGAGAAUGUGAUAAAUGACAGAAAGAAGGGAACACCUGACCAUGACAAGCUCUUCAGGACAAAACCCCUCAUGGAUGAGAUCCGCACUGCGUGCCAGGGUCAUUACCACCCAAGGAAGGAAUUGGCUGUCGACGAGCGAAUGGUGGCAACCAAGGCAAAAACUGGCCUGACCCAGUACAUGAAGGACAAGCCAACAAAAUGGGGGAUCAAGCUCUUUGUGUUGGCUGAGUCAAGCAGUGGCUACACUGUCAACUUCAGUGUGUACAGUGGGAAGUCUAGCUCGGCCAGUGUGCAUGGACUGUCAUAUGAUGCUGUGAUGGACCUCAUUCAGCCGUCAUAUCUUGGGACGGGAUACCAUAUUUAUAUGGACAACUUCUACACCAGUCCCAAGCUGUUCCUCGAUUUGGCCAGCAUGAAGUAUGGUGCUUGCGGUACCUACAGGGACAACAGGAAAGGGUGUCCGCGUGGAAGAGGAAAUGCCCUCACCCCAAAGUCUGAGAGAGGUGCUGUGAGGUGGAUCAGGGAGGGCCCCCUGCUGUUUGUGAAGUGGAUGGAUACGCGGGAGGUGUCUGUGUGCUCCACAAUCCAUCCAGCAUUUUCUGGUGAGGUGGUCCAGAGGAGAGCAAAGGAUGAAGAUGGACGCUGGGCAGUGAAGGAGAUUCCCUGCCCCACCCCUGUCAUGGCCUACAACAAGUGCAUGGGUGGGGUUGAUCUUUCCGACCAGCUGAUCCAGUAUUACUCCACCCACCGCAAAACUGCUCGCUGGUACUGGACGCUCUUUUUGCACUUUGUGGAUAUUGCAGCAACAAAUGCAUACAUCAUGCAUUGUGAGAUGAGCAGCAAACAACAGGUGCAGCCCAUGACUCACAAGAACGUUCUUACCCAGCUGGUGUCCGAGCUGUGUGCAGUGGACAAGACGGGGACUCCAAACAACAGGAGCAAUUAACAUGUUCCUGUUGCCAUCGCCACUGCCACUGAUGCCAGCCAGAAAGCCACUCAAGGCCGCAGGGCAUGCCAACGCUGCCACCAGGUGGACAAAAAGAGGAACCUGACGCCAUGGCAAUGCAAGUCCUGUGAUGUGCCCCUCUGUGUCAUUGUUGACAGGAACUGUUUUGAGGAGUGGCACAUGUUUAAAAAAAAAACAAAAAAAAAAAACACCUUGUUGUAAAUAGUUAUGUUAUUGUUGUAUAUAGUUUGAUUUUAUCUCAAUUUGACAUUUAUAUGUUACUUAUAGCCUAUGGCUUCACCUGUUUUUUGUUGUAAAUAGUUUAAUUUUAUCUCAGUUAUACUUUUGUAUGUACAUAUUUACAACUUGUGUUCACAGUUUCUGCCUUUGAAUUUUUUCAUUGAGCAUGUUUGAAUUUUGUAUA